CGCAAUCUCAUAUUUGCAAUUGACUGGUGUGCAAUCUCAUUCGGCGAACAAUUACAGCGUUCAUUUUCAUUUUCAUUUUAUUGUUCUCUCCAUUCUAGCAUCGCUUUUUUAUAUCCUUUCUUUUUGUAAUCUGCAAUCAACACACUCGCACUCAGCAUCGCCUUUUUCUUUUACCUCAGAAUCAAUCGCUUUAGUCUCACCAUACUCGAGCGCUAUUUGAAGAAUGUCUAGCAGCACAAUUGCGCACGGCGCGCAGGCCACACAGGCCUCAGGGAUCCGCGAGUACUACCAGCACAAAAUUCAGCAGGCGGAGCAGAAAAUCGUCGACAAGACUCAGAAUCUGCGGCGUCUCGAGGCCCAGCGCAACACAUUGAACGCCAGAGUGCGCCUGCUCAAAGACGAGCUGAACCUGCUGCAGGAGCCCGGGCUUUCGGUGGGCGAGGUUGUCAAGGUCAUCGGCAAGAAGAAGGUGCUGGUGAAGCUGCAGCCCGAAGGCAAGCACGUUGUCGACAUUGCUGAUGACAUUGAUAUUACAAAGCUCACGACAUCGACCCGCGUUGCGCUGCACUCGGACUCGUUCAAGCUUUGCAAAAUCCUGCCCAACAAAAUCGACCCGCUCGUGAGCCUGAUGAUGGUCGAGAAGGUGCCCGAUUCGACAUAUGACAUGAUCGGCGGCCUGGACGAGCAGAUCAAGGAAAUCAAAGAGGUCAUUGAGCUUCCGGUUAAGCACCCGGAGCUGUUCGAGGCGCUCGGCAUUGCGCAGCCCAAGGGAGUAUUGCUGUACGGCCCGCCGGGAACCGGAAAGACGCUCCUUGCGCGUGCGGUCGCUCAUCACACGGACUGUCGGUUCAUCCGUGUGUCAGGGUCUGAGCUGGUGCAGAAGUACAUUGGAGAGGGCAGCCGCAUGGUCCGCGAGCUGUUCGUCAUGGCACGCGAGCAUGCCCCCUCGAUCAUCUUCAUGGAUGAGAUCGACUCCAUCGGCUCGUCGCGAGGCGACUCGGGGUCCGGUGGCGGCGACUCGGAGGUGCAGCGGACGAUGCUGGAGCUGCUCAACCAGCUCGACGGAUUCGAGCCCACACAGAGCAUCAAGGUCAUCAUGGCAACCAACCGCAUUGACAUCCUCGACUCGGCGCUGCUGCGCCCUGGGCGUAUCGACCGUAAAAUCGAGUUCCCGCCUCCAAAUGAGAUUGCGCGCACAGACAUUCUGCGCAUCCACUCGCGCCGGAUGAACCUGACCCGCGGCAUCAACCUGCGCAAGGUCGCCGAGCGCAUGUCGGGCGCCAGCGGUGCCGAGGUUAAGGGCGUGUGCACAGAGGCCGGCAUGUACGCUCUGCGUGAGCGGCGCGUGCACGUCACACAGGAGGACUUUGAGAUGGCCGUGGCCAAGAUCAUGAAGAAGGACUCGGAGAAGAACACAUCGCUUCAGAAGCUGUUCAAGUGAGGCGCGGCCCAAUUUCCUUUGCUCUCUUUUCAAGUACUUUUCCUUAUAUAUUUUCUUGCUUUACACCACGGCCCGGCCGCUUCACGUGCAGAGCUACACACGCACUGCUUCUGGGUAUGCGCACCAUUGCAGAGAGAAAAGAGUCGGAGACCGUACGUGAUUUGGGCGGGCAGGGCAGGGCAGCUGAGCCACGGGUGGCCUGCCACCUGAAUGAAUGGCGCGAGAAGGCCGUUAUUUUCGUUAUUUUCGUUAU